GAGCGAAAAAUAAUUUUUGGUGCUCUGCUGCCGCCGUUACCGUUACCGUCGCUCUGUCUUCUUCAUCAAUUUUGGCCAUCUUUUCGUUUUGGGCUAAGUAAUGUCUUCGAAACUGAUAUCAUCGUCGUUCCACAGCACGCCCCUCAACGACUGCUUCAAAGUGGGCGAGUUCGAGAGACGCUUGGAUGCACUCCUUGCGGAUUUGCAGAACAGCGUGCCGGGGCAGCCGCCACAGCCACAGCCACAGCUGCAGCCGCAGUAUGGCACUGUCCAGCCCAAGCAGCAGCAACAACAAUUUGUUGACAACACGCCUGGCUAUGGCAGCCUGAGGGGCAAGGCACAGCCGCAAGUGUAUCAGGAACAUUACAGCUCGGAGACGCGCUUGCCCGCAGCGGCCGAAUUCAAUGGCUCCAGCCAGAACAAUGGUUAUUCGCAUCAAGGCACCGGCUCGCUGCCACGCUCAGGCUACAAUAAUGGACAGGGCUUGCCGCAGAACAGCUCCGGUUUGUCCGAGUUGGAUUCGCUUCUGCAGGACUUGCAGCAUGCGCGUUACAAUAAUGGCGGCGGAGAGCGUAAGGCUGAAGUAGAGGUGCCUACUAACUACAGCUCGCCCGUCUCCAAAUACAACACUUUCAACAGCUACGCUUCGGUGGAAGAGCGACCCACUGUCGAUAGCCUUCUUAAUGAGUUGGACAACGCGCACAUAUAUGCUGUACCCAAUGGAUCUGCACACAAAUCUCCCACGCCAGGACGACAUGUGACUAUCACGGUGCGCGAAACGAAAACCGAAAAACUCUCGGGACCCGAUGGACCAGUUGGUUCCAUCGAGGAGCAGAUCGUGCAGAAAAAAGAUUCGUAUACACCAAAUCUAGCGGCGCCUGCGCCUCAGCAUCAAGGCUACACAUCGCAGGCCACCAAGGAGCUGGAUGAUUUAAUGGCAUCCUUGUCGGACUUUAAGGUCAGCAACGGUAGCAGCAGCGGGCAGCAUUCGAGCACAGGAACAGCACAACAGCUGCAACAGCAUCAUCAGCAACAGCAUCAACAGCAGCAGCAGCAGGUGACGGACUACGCACAGCCAAACCGGGGCACACAGCAGGCGCAUCUGACGCAAACGAUCGAGGAGACGACAAUAGUCGAGGAUAGUCGCGAGGAUCAGUUGGAUUCUAUGCUAGGCAACCUGCAGGCCAAUAUGAGUCGCCAGGGUGUCAACACAGUGCAGAAGGGCUGCUGCAAUGCAUGCGAGAAACCGAUUGUCGGCCAGGUGAUUACCGCCUUGGGCAAGACCUGGCAUCCGGAGCACUUUACGUGCAAUCACUGCAGCCAGGAGCUGGGCACACGCAAUUUCUUUGAGCGCGACGGCUUCCCGUAUUGCGAGCCCGACUACCACAAUUUGUUCAGUCCGCGCUGCGCCUACUGCAACGGCGCCAUUCUGGACAAGUGCGUGACGGCCCUGGACAAGACCUGGCACACCGAGCACUUUUUCUGCGCCCAGUGCGGCCAGCAGUUCGGCGAGGAUGGCUUCCAUGAGCGCGACGGCAAACCCUAUUGCCGCAACGAUUACUUUGAGAUGUUUGCGCCAAAAUGCAAUGGCUGCAACCGUGCCAUCAUGGAGAACUACAUCUCCGCCUUGAACUCGCAGUGGCAUCCGGAUUGCUUUGUCUGCCGGGAUUGCAAGAAGGCCGUGCGCGGCAAGUCCUUCUAUGCCAUGGAGGGCAAGCCCGUUUGUCCGCAAUGUGUGGGCGUCGAUGAGGAGGAAUAGGCGCCACCAACAGCAGCAACAGCAGCAGCAGCAGCAGAGGCAGCUGAAGCAGCAGAAGCAGCAGCGGCAACAAUAACAACUUGUUGAAGUUCAGCAGCCCGAAAAUAGCCCCCGCCCAGAUACAAUUUGUAUCUGCAUAUAGUUGUUUACCCAGCGGCAGCUGCGUCCCACUUUCUCCUUCUCGCUCUCUCUGUCUCUCUUCUCCUUGCUCUCAUCGCCUUUAUUCACACGUUCUCUGAGCUAUUUUCGUUGAAUAUGUGAAAAUCUUUUUAUUUUGUCGGGGCGCGACUUGCUGCCACCUGCCACCUGCCACCUGUGUCUCGCUGUCUCCAACCAUCCAGCAGCAGCAACAAUAUCUAAAGGAGCAGACACCACACCCACAACACACACCACACACAACACACAGGCGGCGGUUUAACUGGGUUCUGGACACGGCUGACCACCAGGCAACUGGGCAGGUCGGCUGUUGCCGCCCGGGCCGCACGCUUAACCGUGUUUAUGAUGGCCACGGCCAUGUCUCCCGCCCCUGUUUAGAGUACCUCCACGCCCCUUAAAACUGUUGAGCUUUUCUAUAUGCAAUUUAGCGUUAAGUUUUUAGGUAUUUUUUUAAAUUUAAACAUUUAUGAAGCAAUAUUGUAAUUUGUUU